CGCUGCCCGUGCCAGCUCCUUCCCCUGCCCGCUGCGGCCGCAGCACGCCGGGCAGCGAUCCACGCCGCCCCGGGCACCCGGCCGUCCCUGGCACCCAUCUCCCCCAUGCCAGGCGUCCAUCUGCGCCGGGCCUGGCACGGAGCCCGCGGGAACAAUGAGUCCAGCCAGCUCCUUCCCCGUCCCGGGGGGGGCUCGCACAGCUGCCCGUGCAGAACCAGGGGUGCAGCCCCCCAGCCCCCACUGGGACCCCUCCUGCCGCACUCCCGGGCUGGGUGUGGAGGGCGGGCGCUGCCCAGUGUUUGCCUUGGCACCCGCAAAUGGCACGGAAGGGCCCUCCGGAGGUUUUUUUGUCCCCUCCCUGGCUCUUGUGCGCGCUCAGCAAACAGCACAAGCGGCUCUCGGCAGCUGGAGUGGCCCCAGCCUUCCCCGGCCACCCGGGAUCCUAUAAAUGCCCCCGGGCCCACGCUGGCAAAGGGACAGGAGCGCACGGGGAGAUGGACGACAGCUCCAAAGAGGCGCUGAUGGAGGAGGCACCUCCGAGGUACACGGAGUCCCCGCGCCUGCCCUGCAUCCCCCACGAGCUCAAGAGCCUCUUGCUGAUGGUGGCCCUCGUGGUGGUGGCCCUCGUGGUGGUCAACGUCACCUUCCUCCUGCUGGGGCUGCACCUCAGCGAGUCACACGCCGAGACGGUGCUGCGAAUGACCAUCCACGGGCUGGAUGGCGACGGGACCCCGCAGCAGCUCGCCAUGAGCAAGAAGGAGCGGAGCGGGACGUUCGCGGUGCGGGACGGGCACAACGCCACGGCCGCGGUGGUGUACGACUACAGCAAGCUGCUGCUGGGAUACAGGUCCUGGAGCCGCCGCGCCUGCCUCAUCACCCGCCUGGACAAGGACAACUUGCCGGGGCUGGACGCUGUCACCGAGACCUUCCAGCGGCGGCAGGACGAGGACGUUGGGGACAAGGCCGUGCCCCUGGCUGACCGCUCCAUCCUGGGCACCACCAUCAACAUCCUCUGCAGCGCCGUGCCCGUGUUCUGGGUGUAGCAGCAGCUCCCAGCGGGAUGGGACAGCCACACGGGGAUGUCGCCGUCCCCCAGGAGGGAUAGCCGGGAAUGUCUCCUCCUCCUCCUUGUCCCCACCCUGGGGACAGCCACCCCGCCACGGGGCCGCUCCAUCCACUGUCGCUUGGCACCGCGGCUUUCCCACGGAUCUCGCCCUAAAAAAAUGUGGGAUUUGCUUUGGGAUUUGCUUCUGUCUACAAAGUAAAGCCUGUGCCUCCGCC